GUCAAGACUGAAGACACGAGUGCAACCCCCAAAACAGGCGAACUUUAUCCAGCUUCGCGAUCGCCUUAUGCACUUGUUCAUGGCUUCAUUCUGAGUUCUCAAUCGCAGUUGAUAUAUAAACUUGCUAGAUUUCCAAUGGGUAAUUCUGAGCCCGCCCCUGUCCUGACCCCCAUCCCGGCAGAGUCAUUGUCCGUCGAGAUUCAACCGCUCCAUCAACCGGAUUUGAAAAAACUAGCCUCGGUGUUGGAGAAUGGCCUCAAGCAGACGUUCGAGGAAGCCUCCGUCUCGGUCCAAACGUGUCCGGAUUUGACCCAGGCACCUUUUAAUUUGGCAGCCCCGGGUCUCUGCGGGCAAGCCAAGAUUUUGGAUGUGGGCGGAUGUCCCUACUUAUUCCCUCUGGCUCAGCGGGAAAAGUUCUAUGACAUAAAGGAUUUUCCUAAAUUGGUUCAGGCUGCGGAGGACAAGCCUCAAUUGAUGAUUGGUGCUGGGGCCGCCCCAUGGACGUUUCUGUCUCGAAAUGCGGAGAUGAUGACCAAUAUUCUGAUUGACCCGCAAGGCCAGGUGUUGAAGCAAAAUACUAAAAUCGCCCGAACCUUUGACGAUAACAAUGAGUAUGAGGUGAUCAAUUUACCGGAGACCGAACACAAAAUGAGCAUCCUCAGCAACUUGUUGAUGUCCGAAGGGCGUCCUGGGCCAGUUUUGGCCAUAAAAUGCAAGAAACGAAUCGGUCCCGACAACUUUGUGACCGCUCUGAGGAAAGUUCUCGUUGAAAACUACCCCAAAGACUCGAUCGGAUUGGGUGGAACUUUUGUGGUCCAAACUGGCAAGGUGAAAGUCCACAUCAUGCCCGAGUUGUCCUCGUGUCCUCUAACAACGGAUGCUCAGGUGGAAAACUGGCUCAAGUUUUUCGAGAUCAACGCUCCUUUCACUUGUCUCUCGGUUCUCGUCUCCAACGAUCCGGGAUUGGAUUUAAGAGUAGAGCACUCUCACGGAUUUAAUGACCGUGGCGAUGGAGGCCACUAUCACUACGACACCACGCCGGAUGAGACUGAAUAUCUAGCAUACUACUCGGUGGCUCAACAUGUGUGUCGAAUCGACCGUCCGGUCGAGAGUCAUCAAAUUGGGCGAGAUUAAACGUGUUGUUGCCAGCA